AUGACUGCAUCAACCCCAAACAACGGUGUCAAAUUGAUCAUUUUCGAUAAGGAUGGAACUCUUUUGGACUUUAACAAAAUGUGGAUGCCCUACGCAAAAACUACAGUGAGACUUUUGGAGGCAGCCACCAAUUUACGCGUCGGUCCAGCCAUCUACAAAACAUUGGGCGUUGAUCCAGUCGCUGGAAAGGUUUCAAUGGGAGCACUUGCCGAGAAGACACUCACUGGCAUUCGUGAGGAUAUCUCGUUGACUCUUCAGACUUUCGGAAUCACCCAAGUCGAAGCCGACGCCAUCACCCAUGGAUGUGUUCAAGAAGCGUCGCCAGGCGAGAUGUGUCCAGUCUGUGAUAUGCCCGCACUUUUCACCACUCUCAAGGCCAUGGGAAUCAAAAUUGCCGUGUGCACCGCUGACUCCAGAGCCGCCACCAUCGACCAAAUGAACAAAAUGGGUGUUAUCCCGUUUUUGGAUGACAUCAUUUGUGGAAAUGAUGUUGGCAUCGUGCCAAAACCAUCGCCACAUUGUGCAAUUCAAAUUUGCAAACGUCUUGGCGUUGAGCUGAAGGAGACUCUUAUGGUCGGCGACACAAUUGCCGAUUUGAAAAUGGGAAAAGUGGCUGGACUUCGAGCCAGUGUCGCUGUGAUGACCGGUGUAGGCACCCGCGAAACUCUCGCACAGUAUUCGGAUUAUUUCCUCGAGGACAUUAGCGAAUUGCCCCAUUUGAUUACAAAAACGAUGAACGAAGACACGAAACGAGGAUAA